AUUCUUAAAAACUAUUUGUAUGAGCUAUUUUAAAAAACAGCUUAGAAGCCAUUCUUAAAAUCGGAACGGAACGAACUACUGAUCUACUACUUCCUCGACUAACCUCCGAUGUUCUAGGAGACUUGUGACGCGUCGGACGGCUGGGUUUUGGUUGUAAUAAAAAAUUAAAAAUUUAAGCCAUCUUGAUUCUGGAACGAAAGCACGCGCUCUCUCCCUCUAAACCAUGCAGACUCUAUCAAUGGACGCUUGCAACUUCCCAGGUUCUCAUCCCCAAUUUCUAGGGUUUCGCGCUAACAGCCUCUCUUUUUCUUCCUCAUCUCCAAGCCCUGUCUCCUUCCCCAAUCGGACACCCAUCUUCCCCUGCAUCUCCUGCACCUCCAAUGCCAGAAGCCAAAACCCUAGGCGCAACACCCAUGGGGGAGGAAGAGGAGAGAGGCCCAAUGCCAAGGGCAAGGACAAUGUGUGGAGCGUGGACAACGACGCCUCGGCUAUGGUCCAGAAGGAAAGGGAGAAGGCGACCAGAAGGAGGAGAAGGGGUCGGAGGGUGAGGACUGUCAAAAGGAGUAAGGGCGAUAGGGUUAUGAUUUCUCAGGCUAUGUUGAUGGAGGUUGAAAGGAUGCUUCAAACUCAGGAACCUGUAAUUCGACCAGCAUGGAAUACAUUUGCAAGUAGUGUCAGUGGGAUAUGGAAGGGAGUGGGGGCAGUAUUUUCACCGAUCACUGCUGAAAUGGAGCCAAUUGAUAUUGGAAACAAAAGUGAAAGCCUAUAUGAUUGUUAUACUCUUUCCUGUGUUGAGGCUGUGCCACCCUCUGUUGGUGGGCAGACAUCUCAAAUCCAGAGGAAAAUAAAUUGGGUAACACUGAAUCCUUAUGGUGAAAUGCAAUGCCAGAAUGGAGGUGGCAAUAGAAGCAAAGAAGAGUUUACUGAUAGAGAUGCACCUUUAUCCACAAAAAAUGUUGAUGGAGGUGUGACAAACCAUAUUUUGCCUAAAUUUGAGUCUUUUGACUUUGGGACAAGUGAUGUGAUGCAAGAAGAUAUCAUGGGCCAUGAGUCUGGUCUUGUAUUCUUCGAGGAUGGAUCUUAUUCUAGAGGUCCUGUUGAGAUUCCUGUUGGUGAACUUGACGAGUCGAAGUAUUACCUUUCUCCAACUUUCAAGUUUGAACAAUGUUUGGUAAAAGGUUGCCACAAAAGACUGCGUAUUGUCCAUACUAUAGAAUUCAGCAAUGGGGGUUCAGACAUACGGAUAAUGAGGGUGGCUGUCUAUGAAGAACAAUGGGUCAGUCUUUCAAGCCUCCCUGAUCAAAGUGAUCUGGAGCUCGAUUCAAAACCCUUUUCCCAGAGGAAGAGAACUCAGCCAUCAGAGCUGACUGGAUCCUGGAAGGUGUUUGAGGUGAGUGCUACACCAGUCUUUGGUGAGGAGAUGUUAGCAGGGGAAAGCAAUGGCACACCUUAUGUUUACCUCUGCACAGAGACGUUAAAGAAGAGAAGCUUGCCAGAAAAUCCAGUAUACUUUGGAGAGGAGGAGAUGCUAGACAUGCAGGAUGUGACUGUUCUUUGGCUGCCUGGUGGUGUCACAGGUUAUGUUGAUGUCAACAAAGAGGGUGUACUUUGUAUUGGAGUAGGGUGGUACUCAGAUGAAGGAAUCAAUCUGGUGAUGGAGAGGGAUUAUGGGAUAGAUGGGAAGCUCAAGGAAGUUAGAUGGAAAACUGAGGUAAAGAGAAGGUGGUCCGACCCAAUCCCCGUGUAAAUAUUUAAAAGCAUUUUCACCUCGUUGCCAAUAUAUUUUGAUUGGAAUCUUUUGUAUCAGUUCCCCAAUCUAGUGGUGUAUGACUGAACCUGGUACAAUGCACAUUUGAUUUGUGAAUGAAAAUAAGAUGGAAAUAGAGAUGAAUCAUAAUAUCAUUUAAAAACAAUAAUAAA